AUGAGUGCACCCUCUGAGACCAUUCAACCCACCCCUUCUAGCAGGAUCGCCGUGCCUCCUGUCACACCCAAUGAACCGCCUCACGUCCUAAUUGGUGGUGCUGGUCUGGCUGGCCUUUUCCUCGGGAUUCUUCUGGAGAGAGCUGGGAUCCCCUAUGAGAUCUUCGAACGUUCCGCUGAACCCAGGUCACCAAACAUCCUCCCGGCAUUCGAGCAGCUCGGCUUAUUGGACGAGCUGUUGUCAUUCUCCAAGCCCUCGUUUGGCGUAGCAAUGUUGACCGAUAAGUUGAAACUCAUUGGCAAACCUCUCGCCUCGAACACCGAUAUCAUUGGGUAUGACCGCGUCCUCUUCUCCCGUCCUGAUCUGCACAACAUGCUGUUCAAGAAGAUUCCCAAGGAAAAGAUCCAUAUGUCAAAGAAAAUUGUUACACUUGACCAAGAUCAGGAUGGCGUUACCGUGACCUUUGAUGACAACACCACUGCCCGCGGUGACAUUCUCGUCGGAGCCGACGGAGCUCACAGUGCUGUUCGCCAACACUUGUACAAGACCCUGGAAAUGGACGGCCUUCUCCCCAAGUCUGAUACUGAGGAUACGAGCAAGGGUUACAUUUCCCUCCUAGGGACGACCAGUUCCCUCGACCCCUCAAACAACAAGAAAAUGUUGGAUGAGAUCCGUCACUUCAAGACCCCCUAUGGCACCAUGGGAGACUUGUUUGAUGUGACCGACAUUGAGAAGGUCUCCAAGGUCUAUUUCGAAGACAAACUCUUCGAGACCUGGACGCAUGGACGAACCGUUCUUAUCGGCGAUGGUGCCGGUGCAGUGAACGCCAUGCAAGAUGCGGUUCUCCUCGCUAACUAUCUCUAUGACAUCACUCCCACCAACUUCAAGAACAUCAAGACUGCGCUGAGCGACUACAAGAAUGAACGAUUCGAGGCCAUCAAGGACCAGUAUCCUCAGUCGCACAUCAGUGCCAAACUCAUCUUUGGACAUACGCUCUGGGAGCGCAUUAUCAGAUACAUUGUAUUCAACUGGCUCCCCGCAUCGCUCCAGCGCAAGCAAAUGGUUAAGGAUACUGCCUACCGCCCUCAGGCCAACUUCUUACCAAAGGCUCCCAAGCGCGGAACUAUGGAUACGAUUCCUCAGAAUCAUUCGAAACGCAUCCAGAGAGAGAAGGGGGAGCAGGAGACCAAAGAGAGGGCGGCUGUUUUAGCUAUUUGA